UUCCUUUUGUCCCUUCGUCGGCUCGAGCAGAAGACAGAAAUGCACCUGUGUCGCGUACUCGUUUGGAUAAUGGGUAUUAUUGACUUUUCGGUAUUACGGAACGGUCGCGUAGCAUGAAUAUCGCGAUAAUAUACACGAACUUAUGGGGCCGAUAGGGUAAACAUAUUGUCGUAAUGCAGGUUUGACUUUGACGAAGGGCGUAUGUACCAGGGGUUUUGAACUAGCCGCUAGUGAGGACGUAUUAACGGGCUGCGUCACGUGGUGGCCACCCACGUUUCGGAUUGUGGGUAAACAAGGAGGAGAGAAAUAUUUGUGCGUGUCGAACUGGUCGCGGUGAGGCAGCCAGCAGUAUCGUGUUGGUAAGGGCCGGCCAUAUUACGGAGAUUCGCGAAGAGUGUUUAGUGAUUGAGUGAUAUGUCCACGUAUUCGCAAACGCAGGAGAGUGACGCCUGGGCCCUUUUGGCAUUGAAAUCGGCACCCGCGAGCCCCUCAAAAGUGCAAUGGAACACAGAGGCGAAGGGAAUGCCGAUCGCGAGGCUCGAGGGCCGCGAAUUCGAGUACAUGGUUCGCCAGAAGCGCAUAACCAUCGGUCGCAACAGCAGCAAAGGCGAUGUAGACGUAAACAUGGGUCACUCAAGUUUCAUAUCUCGAAAGCAUUUGGAAAUAUUCUACGAUCAUCCGUACUUCUUCAUGAUGUGCAACGGGAAGAACGGGGUCUUCGUUGACGGUGUUUUUCAGCGCAAAGGGGCGCCCGCAUUUCAGCUGCCAAAAUCGUGUACAUUUAGAUUUCCAAGCACCAACAUACGGCUUGUGUUUCAAUCAUUGAUCGACGAACAAGAGCAGAGCAAUGUCCGAGUUCCGUCACCGCCAAAGCAAAGAGCGCCGUUGCCGCCUCUUCGCAUCAAUAUUCCAGACACAGGAUACAGUAGUCCGUUUCCUUCGCCCACAGGCACGAUUAGUGCGGCUAAUUCUUGUCCAGCAAGCCCAAGGGCGGGUCAAGGCAGGAGAAACAUUUCAGCAGACCUUCAAAUGGUCGCCGCAUACGCAGCUGUCGUUGCCAGUGGUCCUCAGAAUUCCAGCAUUGAAGUCGGGCAAAGUUCAAGCCGACAGAUAAGUCCUGAGCCUGGAGCGGAACCUCGAUAUAGAAGUGGCGGAGGUGGGGGAGCUAAUGGAACACCUGCGCACUACAGUCCUCCGAAAGAUGACUCGAAGCCACCUUAUUCUUACGCUCAACUCAUAGUACAGGCGAUUGCUUCUGCUCCGGACAAGCAACUCACACUUUCGGGGAUUUAUUCUUACAUUACUAAAAAUUAUCCUUACUACAGGACAGCCGAUAAAGGCUGGCAGAAUUCUAUAAGGCAUAAUCUUUCACUCAAUCGCUACUUCAUCAAAGUCCCGAGGAGCCAAGAGGAACCUGGUAAAGGAUCUUUUUGGAGGAUAGAUCCUCAGUCAGAAGCUAAACUUAUCGAACAAGCAUUUAGGAGGAGAAGACAAAGAGGGGUCCCCUGCUUCAGGGCGCCCUUUGGCUUAUCGUCAAGGAGUGCCCCAGCUUCACCAUCACAUGUGGGUAUCAGUGGGCUUAUGACACCGGAGUGCCUGAGUCGGGAGGGAUCGCCAGGGCCAGAGUCUUAUCCAGAUAGUUCUGUAUCAUCGCCGGCAGGUCAGCUUACGAGCCAGUCAGCCCCUGGCUCGCCUGGGCAUCCCUAUGCUCCACCUCCCAAUCACAAAGGGCGUCUGAUGCAGCAGAUUACCGUUGUUACAAAUGGAGUAAACAGCGACGGAGCCAGAGAGGAUAAAUAUUUGGUGCCUGGAAAUGUUGGAGAAGAACACUCUUUAUCGCCUGCUGGACAAUAUAGUCCAGCUCCUGUUAUUGUACAAACUUCCUACAACUACAGUGGGAGCUUUAUUGGACCUGAUACAGGCGUUGGGGUUGGAAAGCGAGCGCACGAUGAACCUGACAGCUCGCCAGGUUCUCCAGCCCCUUUAGCCAUUGUUGAGAGUCCAGAGCCCCCUGAUCACCAGCAGCAGCAGCAGCAGCCUAAACGUCAGCGUCUUCAUGACGCAGAUGAUCACUGAAAUACAACUCCACUGAUAUCUUUCUCCGUAGGACUUUGUUACGUUACAUUAAUAUUUUAAUCAGCGCUCCAUCCAUUUCUGCCCAUUUUCCAAGAAAGAUUUGUAUAGUCAGGCAUAUUGAAGUUUUCCAACGUAGAGGCAUUUAAACGUUUUCAUCUUUGUUUUUGAUUUUUUUUUUUUUUUUUCUUCGUAUUUGGUGGGUAAGAUUUUUUCAAAAACAAAUCUACUGCCUACACCAACAUGCCGGCGAAAUGUUACUGAAACACAGUAUAUUUUUCGUACACCUCUAUCACUCAAGUUAUACAUAACAUUAUGCACAGCCCAUAGUGUAUUUGUUACGAUUCAUGAAUUUCUUAUUCAAAUUAUAUUCUCUAACGAUGUUUAAAAAUAUGAGAACAAAUUGCACAUAGGUACAUACAUACAACUCGUAAUUAUUUUCACGCAGAUCACAAUCGACACAACUCUGUUUCCGUUUAUGUGAGUAUAGUUUAUUUGUAUACCGUUUUUUUUUUCAAAAAUUGUUUUUUCAAUUUGCUACUUAGUAGUAUGCAUAUACAUGUUGACAAAUCAUGUACUUCAAUAUUUCGCGGGGUAACCUCGAGCGUUGGAAUAUUUUAAAUGAAUUUUUCCUCGUUCUUGUUUCUUCUGUGUAAUGAACAGUGAGGUUCAAAAAAGUAUAGUAGUUAUAGUAGUACUAUCGAUAGUUAUUAUGGGUACAUUUAUCCACGUAUUUUUUCCCUUUGAAUCUAAUUUUGCUGUGAAAGAAAAUCUGAUCUACGUGGACGCAGAUAUGUAGUCGGUUCAUUUUGCUGAAUUUGAUAAACAAAAUCCCCAUGGUCGUUUUCUGAGUCGAAUACACGUAGGACAAUGCAUAAUAACCGCGAUACACAGUUUUACUUUGGAAAUGGUUCCAGAUUGUUGGUUGCAAAGCUGUCAUUUAAAACUCUUAUUCACCACAAUAACCAAGUUGUUAUUUUAAAUCAACUGAUAUAUGGUUGUUUUACACGUCCUCAUCCCCCUUGCAAAUGCGCUUGUAUUCGCUAUAGAAGUCUUAGAAUCAUUACGAUUAUAAUAGUACAAUAGUCGUAGCAAAAUCAUGUAAAAAUAUGGAGAGAUAAAACAAUAAUAUUGUCAAGUGAUGUAGUCACUGGUCAUAGAAAUAUUUUCUUUUUUUUUCCUAGCAAAGCUUUAAAUUUUUCCCUAGCCAAACAAAAUCUCACUCUGUUGUCGUGGUUACCCUACGAAUUUAAUAUAACAGAUGCUGUCAUUGCUUCUACAUUUAUGAUGGGAAAGUCACAUUUUAUCAUUUAUCAUUUUCCGUUACCGUCGGUAACUCAUGUAAAUUCCAAACAUUUGUUUGAAGAAACUUUCAUUCGCAUGCUUGGAACCUAGAUGAUUGCAAAAAGAAAAAAAGCUAUCUAACCCGACUGAUCUUCCCUUAUAUAAAUAUUUUACUAGGCGUUUCGGAGCGCCUUCGUUACGAAAACUUCGGUAGACUUCAGAUGCUGCUGUAUAGUGUAAUUAUUUUACUAAAGUAAAGUUUUUAGUAAAGUACUGUAUUCCGCGAUCACAUACUCUUAUUCUUUCGAUUAUAAGCCGUGGUUUUUUCUUAUCGAGUCAUCGGUAAUUUUUGUCUUCUAAUUUCCUUAAUAAUUACAAGAUUGAAGCAGAAUUAACCAAACGGGUCCAGAAAUUUAGUUGCCCAGAGAGUCGCUAUUUUCAGGUGAAAUAAUAUUUCUUUUUGAGCGUUAAUGUAUUGUUCAUUAAAAUCUCCGAGUGAUGAAAGACCGUCUGUUUUUUUCACUGGUACCUUGUGAAUUCGCAGAGUGGAAUAUUCGUGCAGGGUGACCAUCAGUACUCAACAAUUUAUCACUGUUGCUAGUUAUUUUAUGUAGAGUAUAUUGCAGUAGAGGUAUUUCUUUUUUUUUUUUUUUCGUUUUAUAUAUGUAUAUAUGUAUUCAUACAAACAUAUUUUUUUCAAGUAAUGAAUUUCAGCACUACAUAUAAUAAAUCUGUAUAAUAAAUUGUUAAAAUGUUGAGUAAACGAAGUCGUCAGUUUUCUUGACAUUUUUUUUUUUCUUCAAAUUUUCACAAUGAUUCUAUUUUACCGCCAGCUUGUAGUAGCCCUCUGUGUAUGAAAUAAUUGCUUAACCCAUUUGAGAUAAGCAUAGAUAUGAAUAGAUAUGACACGUACAAACACAUGUACUAACACCGCUGAAAAUAAUCUGAUAAAAAUAUUUGCAAUAACUAAUAAAUAGUAGUUGCACGAGUAUAUAGUAUCAGAAUUAAAUAAAAACGAUUCUGGCUUUGAAACGAGGAAAAAGAAAAAAAAAAAAAAAAAGAAAAACCAAUUACACAAUGGAGAUAGAGAUAGAGAAUAAUGAUAAAAGGACAAAUAUUCUAGUGAAAGGCUUUCAUUAUUUUUUCUUGCCACUAAGGUUGUUAAAUUUGAUAAGUUUUGUUUUCACCUUCACAGUGUUUCACGAUAAAGAGUAUCUCAUCCUAUUAUGUAUAUUUCGCAAUUAUAGUAAUAUUAAUCCUGUGACAUCACGAUACUCUGCUUUUAAUUACGAAAAUACGGAAAGAGCAAUUUUAACAUUUUUCUACUACGUGCAGAAACUUGAUCAGCGUAUUUUACCGAACUAUCACUCGGUUGUAAUUCAUUUAUACGUAAAUAUAUUCAUAUACGCAUACAUGCGUAAUAUCAAGUGACACCACUUUCCCAGUAUAAAUAAGCAGCAAUUGACUUGGAUAGAGAUGUGGAAUGGAAAAAAAAUAAAAUUAGGCAGACCGACAUAUAAACUCCUGGAUUAAACUUCGAUGGUUGAAAUACGGUUCUACUGUAUUUUCAAACUUUCGUUCGUGGUACAUUUAUAAAACUGGUCUUUCGACAUUUUCUCCAGAUACGUGUACUGAAAUUGCCUGUAUAUUUUCAGAAUCUGUUUUGGAGAAAUAGUCUACUAUGGGAAAAGGAACAAAAAGAAAAAAUCAUAAACUAAUAUGGUGAAUCGAUUAAAAUCUGAUCUCUCCUUAUCUGACUUUAACUAACCGUCACAGUAUUUGACCUCUGCUUGGCGAUUUAAUGCCCACACUGUUGACCAUAUGAUGAAAAAACAAAUUUGUACUUCAUUGUUCACAAUUCAGUGGACGGAUGGCCUAAAAGGGAUAAUGGGGUUUUUGGAUAAGUCUGUAAGGCUGCCAGUUUAGGGGGAUGAGGUAAAGCGCCCUCCAUAAGUAGUCCAUCAAUCAACUAAUCCCGUUUUUAUUUUUAUUUUUGUUUUUUAUUAAUUUUUUUUUUUUUUUUUGAUAGUAAUGAAAGGGAUACGACAUUCAAAAGAAAUUACAGAAAAUUUGAAUCUGCUUAUGUAUUGCCUUAAUUGCAUGAAAUUUCCUUGAAAUCAUGGAACAGUUGCGUAGUUCUUGUCCCUCUUAUCAAAACCUCUACCGACCCCAAGCCUUUUGAAUCAUGAAUGCGUUGAACAACCGUAGUUGCAAAUUCAUAUUUGAUAGAAAGAAUUACAAAGGUAAAAAAAAAAAGGAAGUUGAACAGAAAACACAUAAAAUAUAUUAUAAAUAAUACGUUAGAUACAUAUUAUAAAUAAAUAAGGUACGGUGGAUUCCUUUUAAAAUCCCAUUACAAGUCCCUCAGCUCCUUCCCCAUAAAUUUCUCAAUAUUAUAAUAAAUGUUUUAUUUAAAUUUUGUAUACGACGUAUAGGUACUAAAUAUUAUAAUUACAAAUUGUUCAAAGGCAGAUUAAUCUUUUACGCAAGAUACAAGUUUUCCAUUUUUUUUUUUUUACUGUCAAUCUCUUACUUUCUUUCUCUUUUCAGGAGAAUACUUGUUCAAGGUACAAUGUACCAUUCACAAUAGUGACACUCAUGAAACUAGAGAAAUCGUGGUAUUAAAAAAAAAAAAAAAAUUAAGAAAACUGAUAAAAGCGGUCCGAUAAAUUUUGAGGUGAAAUAUUCUCAACAAAAUAAUUCAUUAAAGGUUGAAAAGCAUACACAAACACACACACACACACACAUACAUCAAUAUAUUUCUUAAUCAUGUUUCAUCCGUGACCUCAUGAUUUUGUUUUCUAUGAAGAACCUGCUGUUUGCUUACAAAUGAGAAAUAUAGAUAUACCUAAUAGUGACCUAGUUGGUCGUAGUAGAUACAUUAUAUGAUGACUUCAGCUCGUCUUAUCAUUUAAAUCAAAGGUUUUUAUUUGAUAAUAACUAUUAUUCAUAAUAAAACUAAUGAAAUUAUUAUUGUUAUUAUUAUUAUUAUUAUUAUUAAUAUUAUAAUUAGUUAUAAUUAGGUUGAAUAUAAUUAAUUAAUGAAUUGAAAAGGAAAUUUGGAGCGAUACAAAACAAAACGUAAAAAAAAAAAAAACUGUUAAAUGUUAUUCAAAAAAUAAUAACACUAUAAGACGAAGAAAUUUAUUUAUUAAUUCACACAAUCCGUUAUUUUGGAGAUGCUAUAUUAGUACUAUUAUACAUUAUUAUACACGAACAAUUGAGUGGUUGGAGAGUUUCGAAUUACGGGAAAUAGAGAAUAGGAGAGAAAGAGAGAAAGAGAGAAAGACAAAGAAAGAACGCUAGAGUGCAUGGAAGUUGAAAAAUGUUGAGAUUUGGAGCGAAUAAUAAUUCAGUCGAAAGUGAGCUGUGAAAACGACGAAGAGAGAUGUGAAUAUCUGAAAUUGUUGGCUUUCGAUAAGAAUGUGGAUAAAAUAUACGAUCGAUUCCGGACA